AUGGGGUGUGCAUCGUCACGCCCAGUGUCUGUGGCGGUGAAGGCGGCGGAGGAGCGCUACGACAACAUCACCAAGCUCUGCUGCAUGAUCUUCAAGGUGCCCAUCGCGCUGGUAUCCCUCGUCGACGUCGACAGGCAGUGGUUCAAAUCCGAGCAGGGCCUCGGCGGCGCGCAGCAGACCGACCGCACGUCCUCAUUCUGUGCAUGGACGCUGCUGCCCGCCUACCCAGAGGCCCUCGUCGUCGAGAACGCGCUGCUGGACGCGCGCUUCCGCGACAACCCCCUCGUGCAGGGCUUCCCCUUCAUCCGCUUCUACGCGGGCUGCCCGCUCGUCGCCAGCAACGGCCUGCGGCUGGGGUCCCUCUGCAUCAUCGAUCGGGCGCCCCGCACGUUUGACGCUGAGUCGUGCGCGCUGCUGGCCAACAUGGCGGAGAUGGUGGUGCGGGAGGUGGAGAAGGACAAGGCGCUGGAUAUUGAGAAGCAGGCGCAGCUGUGCUCUCCGGACGAGGAGGGCCAGCCGGGCUGCCAGGAGCUGCGGUCGCUGGACGCCACAGAGGACGCGGUGCUGGUUGUCAACACGGCGGGCGCGGGCGAGUGGUCCAUCGUGUACGCCAACGCGCCGUGCCAGCGGCUGCUAGGCGGGGAGGAGCGCUGUAGGGGGGCGUCGUUCUGGAGCGUGUUCCAGGGCGUCGACGGCCGCGGCCGCCCCUCGGCCGGCGCGGCGAGCGCGGUGCAGGGCGCGUACCGCCGCGCCGUCCAGGAGCGGCGCAACUUCGAGCUGCGGGUCGUCUACUCGCGCGGCGGCGGCGCGCAGGAGCAGCAGCAGCAGCAGCAGCAGCAGCAGCAGCAGCAGCAGCAGAAGCUGGACAGGCACAUCGAGGAGGAGGCGCCAGACGGCAAAAGCGGCGGCGGCGGCGAGGACGGGCAGCACGUCGGUCUGUUGGAAUUCCGCUUCGCGCCGCACACGGGCGUCGACGCCCAGAUGCCACUGAUCGGGAUACCGAACUUUCUGCCAGAUGCUGAUGAGCCGCCGAACUACUACUUUGCGGUCCUCCGGGAGCUGGGCCCCGCGCCCGGCGCCGCCGGCGGCGUGUCCGCGUUCGCGGCGGCCGCGGGCGGCGCGCCGUUCUGCAGCGGCGCCGCCGGCGGCGGCACGCCGUCGGUGUCGGGCGCGCUCUCUGGAUUCGGGCGCCUGGGCAGCGCCGACAGCGCGGGGUCGUCGAGCUUCGCGGCGUCGAGCAGCAUGGGGCCGGCGUUCAAGAUGCUGCCCAACAACGACGCGUUUGCGGACAUCCGGCUGGGGCCGCUCCUCGGGAAGGGCUCGUUCGGGCGCGUCUACCGAGCGGCCUGGAGCGGCACCAACGUGGCCGUCAAAAUCAUCGAGUUCCUGGAGGAGGAGUCCCCCGGGAUUGACGCCGCCGCGGCCGCCGCCGCCGCGGCCGGCGGCGAGAGCGACUCGGAGGACGGCGGCCGCGGGCGCGCGCUGCUGGAGGGCCUGCUGCAGGAGCGCGUCAGCCACCCCCACGUGGUGCGCAACUUCAAGUUCCUCACGCGGCCUGUGCCGGGCCCGUCGGAGGACGGCCGGAGCGGCGAAGGCGAUGGCGGCGACGGUGACGGCAGCGCGGGCGCGCCGAACGGGGAUGAGGGCGGCUCGCGCGGCGGGGCGCGGGUGCAGACGCGGCGCAAGCGGCGGCGCGUGAUGGAGGCGUGGUUGCUGCUGGAGUUCUGUAACCGCGGCUGCAUCGCGGACGGCAUCGAUAAGGGCUGGUUCCGGCUGCCGCACAGCAUGUUUGAGCCGGCGGCGCGCCCCAUUAUCACGACGGCCAAGGAGGUGGCGGCCGCCAUGGCCUACCUGCACAGCGAGGGCAUCCUCCACGGGGACCUCACCAGCGCCAACGUGCUGCUGACCACCUCGCCGGAGGGGGAGGCCCACGACCCCCGGGGGUUCGUUGCAAAGGUGUCCGACUUCGGCCUGAGCCGCAGCGUGGCUGACGAGGACGGCGUCAUUGCCACGCGGUCCUACGGCACCGUGACGCACAUGCCUCCAGAGCUGCUGCUGGAGGGCCGCAUGAGCAAGGCCGCGGACGUGUACAGCUUCGGCGUCGUGCUAUGGGAGAUGUUCCAGGGCGGCCGCCCCUUUGCCGGCCUCACGCACAGCCAGGUCCUGCACGCCGUCAGCACGGGCAAGACGCUCACCGUCCCCAAGUGCACACCCGAGGCGGCGCGGCCGCUGCUGGCUGCGUGCCUGUCGCCCAAGCCGGAGGCCAGGCCUAAGUUUGCGGAAGUGCUGCAGGCACUUGAGGAGCUGGAGGAGCUGUUCCCCUGGUGA